UGUGCUUCCCUUCCUCUUUAGUGCAGCCAGGAAGUUUUUUACUUCUGUGCAUGUGUGUGUGUGUGCGCUUGAGUGUGGGUGUGUAAGCUGAAGGUUUGGGGCGGUGUUUGUGCAGGCGUUGCAGGCGUUUUUUGCCCACUUCGCUUCCCGUAACCCGGGCAGCUCCGGAGCCUGGGCUGUGGCCCGAGGAGGGGGCGCGGCGGCGGGCUCUCUCCUUUUGUUGUUGUUUCCUCCGCCUGGGGAGCUGAAGGGGGGACGCGCCUGGGUGGGGCGGCUCGGAGCCCGGGCCUGGUGGCCCCCGGGGCUCCCGGGCGAGUAGGGUAGAGUAGAGUAGAGCGGGCUUCAACAUGAUGGCGGCCGAGGCCGGCAGUGAGGAGGGCGGCCCGGUGACCGCCGGGGCAGCUGGAGGCGGCGCAGCCGCGGGCUCGAGUGCCUAUCAGGCAGUCUGUAGGGUGAAGAUACCCCCGGCCCUGCCAGUGGCAGCCGUCCCCUAUUCUGGGCUGACGGAGGCCGGAACGGCCGGGACUCUGGCUGGCGGAGCCGCUUUGGGGUCAGCGUUUCUAGGAGCCGGGUCUGUGUCGGGAGCAAUGGGGGGAGCCGGACUGUCAGGGGGAGGUGCUGCUGCUGGCGUGGCUGGUGCUGCCGCUGCCGCCGGACCUGGAGGAGAGAUGGUUCUCGCCAAGGGGACCCCUUCGUUGCCUGCUGAGACCUUCGGGGCAGGCGGCGGAUUCCCUCCUCUGCCGCCGCCGCCUCCUCAGUUGCCCCCUUUGGGCGCGGGCCUGGGAACAGUUGACGAAGGUGACUCUCUGGAUGGACCAGAAUACGAGGAAGAAGAGGUGGCCAUCCCGCUGACUGCUCCUCCAACUAACCAGUGGUAUCAUGGAAAACUUGAUAGAACUAUAGCUGAAGAACGCCUAAGGCAGGCAGGGAAGUCUGGCAGUUACCUUAUAAGAGAGAGUGAUCGGAGGCCAGGGUCCUUUGUACUUUCAUUUCUUAGCCAGACAAAUGUUGUCAACCAUUUUAGGAUUAUUGCUAUGUGUGGAGAUUACUACAUUGGUGGAAGACGUUUUUCUUCACUGUCAGACUUAAUAGGUUAUUACAGUCAUGUUUCCUGUUUGCUUAAAGGAGAAAAAUUGCUUUAUCCAGUUGCACCACCAGAGCCAGUAGAAGAUAGAAGGCGUGUUCGAGCCAUUCUACCUUACACAAAGGUUCCAGACACUGAUGAAAUAAGUUUCCUAAAAGGAGAUAUGUUUAUUGUUCAUAAUGAAUUAGAAGAUGGAUGGAUGUGGGUUACAAAUCUACGAACAGAUGAACAGGGUCUUAUUGUUGAAGACCUAGUGGAAGAGGUGGGCCGGGAAGAAGAUCCACAUGAAGGCAAAAUAUGGUUCCAUGGGAAAAUUUCCAAACAAGAAGCUUAUAAUUUACUAAUGACAGUUGGCCAAGUAUGCAGUUUUCUUGUGAGGCCCUCAGAUAAUACUCCUGGUGACUAUUCACUUUACUUUCGGACCAAUGAAAAUAUUCAGCGAUUUAAAAUUUGUCCAACACCAAAUAAUCAGUUUAUGAUGGGAGGCCGAUAUUAUAACAGCAUUGGGGACAUCAUAGAUCACUAUCGAAAAGAACAAAUUGUUGAAGGGUAUUAUCUUAAGGAACCUGUACCAAUGCAGGAUCAAGAACAAGUACUCAAUGAUACAGUGGAUGGCAAGGAAAUUUAUAAUACAAUUCGUCGAAAAACAAAGGAUGCGUUUUAUAAAAAUAUUGUUAAAAAAGGUUAUCUUCUAAAAAAGGGCAAAGGAAAACGGUGGAAAAACUUAUAUUUUAUCUUAGAGGGCAGUGAUGCCCAACUUAUUUAUUUUGAAAGUGAAAAACGAGCUACCAAACCAAAAGGAUUAAUAGAUCUCAGUGUAUGUUCUGUCUAUGUUGUUCAUGAUAGUCUCUUUGGCAGGCCAAACUGUUUUCAGAUAGUGGUUCAGCACUUUAGUGAAGAACAUUACAUUUUUUACUUUGCAGGAGAAACUCCAGAACAAGCAGAGGACUGGAUGAAAGGUCUGCAGGCAUUUUGCAAUUUACGGAAAAGUAGUCCAGGGACAUCUAAUAAACGCUUGCGUCAGGUCAGCAGUCUUGUUUUACACAUUGAAGAAGCCCAUAAACUCCCUGUAAAACAUUUUACUAAUCCGUAUUGUAACAUCUACCUGAAUAGUGUCCAGGUCGCAAAAACUCAUGCAAGGGAAGGGCAAAACCCUGUAUGGUCAGAAGAGUUUGUCUUCGAUGAUCUUCCUCCUGACAUCAAUAGAUUUGAGAUAACUCUUAGUAAUAAAACAAAGAAGAGCAAAGAUCCUGAUAUCUUAUUUAUGCGCUGCCAGUUGAGCCGGUUACAGAAAGGGCAUGCCACAGAUGAAUGGUUUUUGCUCAGCUCCCAUAUACCAUUAAAAGGUAUUGAACCAGGAUCCCUGCGUGUCCGAGCACGAUAUUCUAUGGAAAAAAUCAUGCCAGAAGAAGAGUACAGUGAAUUUAAAGAGCUUAUACUGCUAAAGGAGCUUCAUGUAGUCUAUGCUUUAUCACAUGUGUGUGGACAGGACCGAACACUACUGGCUAGCAUCCUACUAAGGAUUUUUCUUCAUGAAAAGCUUGAAUCAUUGUUGUUAUGUACACUAAAUGACAGAGAAAUAAGCAUGGAAGAUGAAGCCACUACUCUAUUUCGAGCCACAACACUUGCAAGCACCUUGAUGGAGCAGUAUAUGAAAGCCACUGCUACACAGUUUGUUCAUCAUGCUUUGAAAGACUCUAUUUUAAAGAUAAUGGAAAGCAAGCAGUCUUGCGAGUUAAGUCCAUCAAAGUUAGAAAAAAAUGAAGAUGUGAACACUAAUUUAGCACACCUAUUGAACAUACUUUCAGAGCUUGUGGAGAAAAUAUUCAUGGCUUCAGAAAUACUUCCACCGACACUGAGAUAUAUUUACGGGUGUUUACAGAAAUCUGUCCAGCACAAAUGGCCUACAAAUACCACCAUGAGAACAAGAGUUGUUAGUGGUUUUGUUUUUCUUCGACUUAUCUGUCCUGCCAUCCUGAAUCCACGGAUGUUUAAUAUCAUCUCAGAUUCCCCAUCUCCUAUUGCGGCUAGAACACUGAUAUUAGUGGCUAAAUCUGUGCAGAAUUUAGCAAAUCUUGUGGAAUUUGGAGCUAAGGAGCCCUAUAUGGAAGGUGUCAAUCCAUUUAUCAAAAGUAACAAACAUCGCAUGAUCAUGUUUCUGGAUGAACUUGGGAAUGUACCUGAACUUCCGGACACUACAGAGCACUCGAGAACUGACCUAUCUCGUGAUUUAGCGGCACUGCAUGAGAUCUGUGUGGCCCAUUCAGAUGAAUUGCGAACACUCAGCAAUGAACGUGGUGCCCAGCAGCAUGUACUGAAAAAGCUUCUGGCUAUAACAGAACUGCUUCAACAAAAACAAAACCAGUAUACAAAAACUAAUGAUGUCAGGUAGCAGACUUCGCCCAAGUGUUCUGCUUGGAUUCAGCAUGCCCAACACGGUAAUUCACAUCAGUAUAAUGUUUCCUUUGCUCUUGCCAAAAAAAUAGCACACCUUUCCACAUUCCAGUGAUGCGUGAGCUAUGCAAACAAAAUCCAAGAUUCUGCUGGUGAGUAAAUGUGCCAGCAGCUUUGUAAGCUAUCUGUGCAGGAAAUUUGCACUUUUUCCACAUACGGAAUCAGUCUUUACCAACUUCUGAGCCUUGGUGUACAGAUCACCUUUCACAUAACAAAAUGCUGACUGAACUUGAAAAAUAUUUUUUCAAUACAUCCAAUUGCCAAAGUUUUGCUGUGUCUUGGAAAAAGAACUAUGAAAUCAACUGACAAGAAAAAGGAUUUUCUUGACAAUUGAGCAUAACUGGACUGCUCACUGUUCUUACUGUAAUUUCCUCCUUAUUAGGAAUACGACCGUUUGACUGUUCAAUGACUGUUUGUAUUUAUAGGUUCCAGAGUCUGCCACUAUAAUAGGAACAAUCUUUGCUGUAUACUUUUUUUAAAAUACUGUGCUAUUUCUCUUGCUGGAACUGUUAAGAGAAAAUAUAUAGAAUGGACCUAUUGCUCAUCAGCUUUAUUUUUUAAACAUACCACUUAUUUUGUUGGAAUUGUCAAAGACUAUUUAGAGCUCAUGAUGCUUUCAUUAAAUGUUUACAACAGUAAAUAGUUUGAAUCCAGUAAAUAUUAUUGGUUGUUGUACUGAUCAAUGCAUGUUACCCAUUCAUCCGUUCUAUAGAUUACCAAUUUAUUUUAUGUGUCAAAAUAUCUGGAAUGCUUUUGUUGAAAGUACUCAUUUCUAAAUUGAUUUUUUUACAGAGCUAUCCAUCUUUGAACUCCUGACUACUUGUUCUAUCUGCUGCAUAUAUAGUUUGUAUAGUUUUAUUUGCUUCUGUAUAUGUAUUUUUGUGAAGUAUUCACAGGGGUUUAAGUUAAAAUAAAACCAAGGGAUAUCUUGAGUAACUGAUUACUUCUGUCUAAAUACAGGUAAGCAUUCAGUUUAAUUUUUUCCCUCCUCCUUUAGGGGCAGUUCAAAUUUAGUACCAGAGCAAGGGCCAGGGAGAAAACAAGCAAGAAUUCCUUCCCUCCCAUAAUUGUGCGGGAGAGAGAAGGCAUACAAAGAAGUACGUGGCAGAAAAGCAUUUUCAACAAAAAAAUUUUUUUUUCCUAAAGGCCUAGAUUCUAAGAGCAACACUUUAAUACAGGAAAAAAUAAUCAAGGAUUUAAAAGAUUGAUGCAUAGCACAAUUUUAAGCUAUGAGAAGUUGUUACUUCUGUAGAGGCAGGUGAACAGUGAUGUCAAAAGCCAGACAACCCAGUCUGCUCUCCUGUGCUCCUUUUCCUUCGUGUCAGCUCAAUUUCCAUUACUUUUCCCUCACUCCAGCUUUACAGCUGGACUACCAUGGCAGUAGUAUGGGUUACAGGAUAAAGCCGAAGGGAUAUAGACCAGUGACAUCUCCAAGAACAUUUCACCACAGUCCAGGGAGGUCCAAAUUCUAGUGCCAGUCAACUUAGUCCUCCCCACUAAUCACCCCUCAGUCUCUAGCCAUACUGACCUAUCCUCUGCCAUUCCCCCAGGCUGAAAGGUCCUCUUCUGCCUUUUAUAUUUUAAUGCCAUCUUUAUCUCUUGAGGUGGAAUAGGAAACAUGUCAUUUACCUUUGUACUCCUUACAGUAACUAGUUGGGUCAAAGAUGAAGUAAAACCUCAGACUUUAUUAAUGGGGCUGGCUAGGAGACUUCAGAAAUAAAUGUGGGCCUUGCUCUGAUACUAAAGCUUAGGGACUUAAAAGGGAAACAAAGUAUGAACACUUCACAAUGCUGUCUAGAGGCCAGCAGCACUGCUACUUAACUUGGAUAGUUCUGGAAGAUUGUUAACUUUGGCUUCUUCCAGUCCAUGUUUGUAAAAUCACACUUCAUGAAUUUCAUUCCUCAUCCAACAAUGAGAAGAAACCAAAAACUUCAAACGUAAAGAAUUAUUAGAGAGAAGGUGCAUACAGUAAAUACUGCCCUCACAUAGUGAGAUGGAAUUAAAAUGGUACCUACACUCUAAUGGCAAGUGCAGCCUGGGAUGAACAGACACUGAGGACAGCUGUGUAUCCAUCAAACUCAGAUUUACAGGGCUACAGAGUUUCACAGAAUUCCUGCAACCCAGUUUUCUAGAAAAAAUUGAACAAUCACAAUUUGGUUGCAACUUAGAAACCAAGUAAGAUCACACUUAAAUACCUGGACAAAUGCUACAAUGUGCAACACUUAGUAUAUGCAAGCACUAUUCCCAUUAGACCUGGGAAAAGUAGGCAUUAUUUGCCCCAUUUGCACCUUGGGAAAUGGACACAGAGAGCUUUAGAACUUGACCAGAAUCAUGAAGUGAAAUAGACAAUCAAGAUCAAGUACCAUAGUCUGCAGUUAUUUUUAUCAAGUCACUUCAAUUUGAAUUCAAUGUCUUGAACAUAUUUCAUCUGAUAAGUUAAUAACCAUAACACCUAUUUAUAUGGAUUCACCUGAGGGUAUGUGUUAGUUUUGACAGCGAAUGUACAAUUCUUGACUAUCUGCAGAUCUACAGCUACUUAAUUUUUUAUCUAGACCACUACUCAAGACUGUGUGUUUGAUUUCUCCUUUAAAACUUACUUGGUAGUGUUUUCAGGUAACUAAGUGAGGACAACAAAUACUGACUAUUAUUACCCUGGGUAACUAGAUUUUAGUUUCAGUUGAAGCAUUUGACAGGUGAGGUACAGGAGUUAUAUAGAAGAAAGCUAAGUAUACUACAGUGACAUCUGAGAAGGCAUUUACAAAGGUUUCAGAGGGCAAAAAACAUUCCCUAGCAGGUUUAAAGGUGAUUACUUGGAUUAAUUUUUUGUGACCUUUUUUGGUGCUUUUCUUAAAAAAAAAAAAAAAAAAAAAAAUAGGUUUGCUUCUUUUGUUUAAAACACCAAAGGCAAAUAAAUUACAGCUUUGGCUACUGCAAAAAGACUGAUUUGGUAUUAGUCAUGAUGGGGCAAGACUAUCUAAACCAGGUGCUAUUCUGGCUCUCUCCAGGGGUUUUAUUUCACAUAAAGCUAGCCUGAGAGAAAGGGAGAAAAGUUUAAUAUAUUUGAUGCUUUCACAUUAUUUCUUUUUUCAACAAAGUUAAAUGCCAGAUGCUUCAUCCUUCUGUUGAUUAGUUAGCACUGGAAAGUCAAUUUCAAAUGGUUAGAGAGAAUCUACCAGGUCAUCGUCAGUCCAUUCUUCCUAAGAAGGAAAGAAAACGUAGUAAGAAUAACAUUAUACUAAAGCGUAACAGCACUAUUUAGCUCCUUACCUUUCAGGAAAAUCUUCUUUUACUGUGAUUAUAGGAAGGUAAUAAGCCAGGAAAAUUUGUAGUAGUUCAAUCUUACAGUACUAUGGUUUGGUCUCACGAGACUACACUAAUGACAGGAGUAAAGGUUACAACUGUGACCUUCUGCCUCUUAUUAUUAAUAUAUAUCUGAUAUGUAAAGUACAAGUUUUCUGAAAAGGAUGAGAAGAAUCCUUGAAAGUCAAAAACAGAGCAGAAAUUUAGCAUGUUAUAUCUAUUUCUGUUGCCUUCCAUAACCAGAGGAAGGAUUCUUCAUCAAUUAACCAUUAUACUGCUUCAGAACAGGGUAAGAAAGAAGUGAGAAAAAUCCCAUGAUAACAAGAAGAAUAUACAUAAAAAAGGAUGCAAAAAAAAAA